AUGACAAAUGCCCUGUUGCAAGUCUUCUCCUGCUCCAUGUGUCCGCUGUCCUAUAAAUCUCAAGUUUACCUCCAUAAACACACCAGGAGAUGCCACUCUGAGGAAUGUGUAACACCAACAGGAAAAGGAGAAAAUAAAUAUGACAAUCUGAUUCCCACACCAACCUCCAAUAUUCAUCAAACAUCCCGUGGUUCUGUCACUACAAAAGCCUCUAGACAAAAGCAGAAAAGAGAUCACCUCUGUAAAGAUUGUGGGAUGAGAUUUAAUGACAGAAGCAAUCUCAGAAAGCACCAGCGCAUUCACACAGGAGAGAAACCGUAUCACUGCUCACAGUGUGGAAAGAGUUUUUGUCACCACAGUACUCUCCAAAGACAUCGACGCAUCCACACAGGAGAGAAGCCACAUCACUGCUCAAAGUGCGAGAAGAGCUUUGCGCAAAUAUGUAAUCUCCGACGGCACCAGCACAUCCACACAGGAGAGAAACCCUACUCCUGUCCACAAUGUGGGAAGAGUUUUACUUACAGAGACAAUCUAAAAAUGCACCAACGCAUCUACACAAGAGAGAAUGUAUAUCACUGCUCACAGUGUAGAAAGAUUUUCAAUCACCAGAGUAAUCUCCAGCAACACCAGCGUGUUCACACGGGAGAGAAUCUGUUUAGCUGUUCAGAGUGCGGGAAGAGCUUUCUCCACCAGAGUCAUUUCCAAACACACCAGCGCAUUCACAGAGGAGAGAGGCCUUAUAAGUGUGUAGAGUGUGGGAAGAGUUUUGCUCAGCACAGUUAUCUCCGACAACACCAUCGUAUUCACACGAGGGAGAAGCCGUAUUCCUGUUCUUUGUGUGGGAUGAGUUUUACAAAACAGGGUCACCUACAAACACACCAGCGCAUUCACACAGGUGACAGACCGUAUCGUUGUUCACCCUGUGCAAAGAGUUUUACUCACCACAGUUCUCUCCAGCAGCACCAACAUAUUCACACAGGAAAGAAGCCUUACCACUGCUCACAGUGUGAGAAGAGUAUCACUUGGCCUAGCACUCUACAGUACCACCAGCACCUUCAUGCAGGAGAGAAGCUCUAUCACCAUAUUUAA